AUGACAGCUAAAAAAGAUUGUACACAAGUGUAUGAGAUAGAGAAAAAGAAGUUGAAGAACUUGCUGAGGCAUGUACAGAAAGUCAGCUUGACCACCGAUAUGUGGAAAUCAAAGAAUCAAAAAAUUGAAUACAUGGUGGUGACCGGACAUUGGAUUGAUGGAAAUUGGAAGCUUCAGAAGAGGGUGUUAAAUUUUGUUCAUAUUCGACCACCACGUCGAGGAGUUGAGAUUUCGGAUGCAGUUUUCAAGUGUGCAAAGGAAUGGGGAAUUGAGGGAAAAAUUCACACUAUUUCUGUGGACAAUGCCUCAAACAAUGAUGUGGCCAUGAGAUUGUUGAAAGAUGAUUUCGGGAGAUGCAAGAAGCUAUUGGGUGGAGGAAAAUUGUUUCAUGUUCGUUGUUGCGCCCAUGUCUUGAACCUUAUGGUUCAAGAUGGCUUGAAGGAGACAGUAGAUAUUUGUGAAAAUAUUCGAGAUAGUGUGGAUUUUGUGAACAAGUCUGAUGGUAGGGCAUUGCUAUUUACAGAAAUUGCUCAACACCUGCAAAUUCCUGGGAAAAAUAUGCUCCAUGAUUGUAGGACGAGAUGGAAUUCAACAUAUGAAAUGUUGAAUUGUGCUAUAAAAUAUAAAGAGGUUUUUCCUCGUUUUCAAGUUCGAGAGCCCCUUUAUGAGUCUUGUCCAUCUUCAGAGGAUUGGGAGAAAAUUGAGAAAGUUUGCACCAUUUUAGAGAAGUUCUACAUGGCCACGCACAUAAUUUCGGGGAGUGAGUAUCCAACUAGCAAUCUAUUCCUCCCUGAGAUUCUAAAGGUGAAGAAACUCUUGGAUGCACGAGUGGAUGAUGAAGAUGAUUUUGUCUGGGGUAUGAUUACAAGAAUGAAGCUCAAGUUUGACAAAUACUGGAAAGAGUGCAAUUUAUUGAUGUCCAUUGCAGCUAUCUUGGAUCCUAGACAGAAAAUGCGAGCAAUAGAGUUUGCCUUCCCUAAGAUGUAUUCUGCAUAUGAAGCUCAAGAGAAUAUCACAUAUGUUCGAAAAGCCAUCUUUGAACUUUAUGACGAGUACGUUGCUAUGGCUACAAGUGGAAGUGCAGGGACAGGUUGUUCAUUAAAUCCUGCAUCCGAAAUAGUGUGUCCACCUCGAGCAAGUGCUGACUAUUGGGAUGAUUUGGAUGAGUAUUGUGGUGAACUAGAAUCCGAUGAACCCCAUAAGAGCGAGUUGGUGGAUUACCUAGACAAGCCUCGCCAACCUACUGGACAAAAUCCAAAAGAUUUCAACUGUUUAGAUUGGUGA